AUGAAUCUUUCAGUUUCGAUUCUUGAAGAUCAACCACAUUCCCGCCGACCAUCAAACUUGGACAAUGAAGAUUUGCGAGCAGCCUUGCAAGAUGAGCCUUCAUCGAACAGCCUUGAAUUAGCAUCGGUUCUUGGAGUCUCUUCCCAUCAGGCUGUGCUCAAUCACCUGCAUCAAAUGGAUUUUGUGCACAAGAAGCCUCGCCAGGAUUCACACGAGUUGACCGAAGCCCAAACCAAGCGUCGUGUUGAAGUCUGCCGUCAAUUGCUGGAAAAUCCAUUGGAUGAUCGUUUUUGGAAGCGUAUUGUGACUUCGGAUAAAAAAUGGGUCUACUUAGUCAAUCACAACCGGCGGAAGCGAUGGGUGCUGCGAGGUCAAGAUCGUUUCGGCAAGAAGGUGAUGAUUUGCGUCUGGUGGAAUUUUGAGGGUGUGCUUCACUUUGAAUUGGUUCCGGAUGGUCGUGCCGUGAACGCCGAACUCUACUGCCAACCACUGGAUCGUGUCUAUGACAAACUGAAGGCGAAGUACCCGACCCUCUUUCGUUGGAAACGUGCUUUAUUCCAGCAAGACAACGCCAAAACAACAAAGAAGAAGUUUGAUGAUCUGGAUGAAGUCGAGGUCUUGCUACACCCAGCUUAUAGUUCCGACGCCGCGCCAGGCGUUCUUCGAUUCGAAGCCGGCAGAAUGGUACUUCAAUCAAAUCCGAUGCUUGCAGAUCGGUGGCAGAAGAUUGUUGAAGACGAUGGCCUUUAUUUUGAAGAGUAG